ACUACCUUUUCCAGCGGGCCGCAGGUCGCAGGCCGCGCAGUCGUCUGGGAGUUGUGGUCCCGGGGGCGGAGACUCUUUAUUGUGUUGCACGCGGCCGCCAGGCGGAGGUUUGGAUUGCGGAUCUAGGCGGCGGCGGCGGCGGCGGCCGAGGUCCCGCCGGGCGGCGCAACCGGCGCAACCCGCCGCCACCGAGGUAGUGAUGGGCAAGGAGGAAGAGAUUGCUCGUAUCGCCCGGAGGCUGGACAAAAUGGUGACCAGGAAGAACGCGGUGAGGGGCGUGGGCCGCCAGGACCCUGGGGCCCCGCUCCGCGGAGACCGUCUGAGCCUACCCUCGGGCAGAAAGAUACCUAGCCCAGUCAGUCCGAGACCCCUUGCCCAGGCCCGCCCUCCACCCUGUCCUGGGACUGCCGCUUCGCAAUGGACGCCGUGCUGACCGAAAGCUACCCUCUGUUCGUCGCCCAGCGGUGGCCGCGGGCGUUCUUGGCUCAGCCGUUGCCUCCCCUGUCUGCCCCCACCCUUCAGAACCAGGAGGGAGCUAUGGAUUUGCUGCGGGAGCUGAAGAAUAUGCCUAUUACAUUGCACUUGCUCCAAUCCACCCGUGUUGGAAUGUCUGUCAAUGCUCUGCGGAAGCAGAGUUCAGACGAGGAGCUCAUUACACUUGCCAAGUCCCUCAUCAAGUCCUGGAAGAAGCUCUUGGAUGUUUCUGAUGGCAAAUCCAGGGAUCAAGGGAGGGGCACACCUUUGCCUACAUCUUCCUCAAAGGAUGCUUCAGGGACUACGGAUCUCAGCUGCAAGAAGCCAGACCCACCUAGGACCCCAUCCACUCCAAGGAUCACCACAUUUCCCCAACUGCCCAUCACCUGUGAUGCUGUACGGAACAAAUGCCGUGAGAUGCUGACUUUGGCCCUGCAAACUGACCAUGACCAUGUGGCCGUUGGUGUGAACUGUGAGCAUCUGUCAUCUCAGAUCGAGGAGUGCAUCUUCCUGGAUGUGGGAAACACUGACAUGAAGUACAAGAACCGUGUUCGGAGCCGAAUCUCUAACCUGAAAGAUGCCAAGAACCCUGGCCUACGGCGGAAUGUGUUGUGUGGUACCAUUACACCCCAGCAGAUAGCUGUGAUGACAUCAGAGGAGAUGGCCAGUGAUGAGCUGAAGGAGAUCCGAAAGGCCAUGACCAAGGAGGCCAUCCGUGAGCACCAGAUGGCCCGUACAGGUGGCACACAGACUGACCUGUUCACCUGCAACAAAUGCAGGAAGAAGAACUGCACCUACACGCAGGUGCAGACCCGAAGCUCCGAUGAGCCCAUGACCACCUAUGUUGUCUGCAACGAGUGUGGGAAUCGAUGGAAGUUCUGCUGAGCCCUUGUACUGACGUAGCCCUGGUCAUGGCUAACACUGUUCUUCCUGCACUGUUCUUGGUGGAUGCGGCUUCUCUGGAGAUACCCUGAAGGUGGCAUGCCCUGUUCCAGCCUGCCUGGUGUGCACCUUUUUGCCCUCUUUCCCUCAUUAUUAAAUGUUUUUUUUUUCCCCUUCCUCUGGCCUUGCUCCUAAUGGGCUUCAGCUGGGUCCUGUUCUUCCACUGCUGUAGAUCUCUCUUCCCUGGGCUCAGACAACACUUGAACUAAGCUGUGGUGAGGCAAUAUUAUAGACAAGAGCUUGUCUAAUGUUUGGAGA